AUGUUACCAUAUUUGAAAAGACAUUUCAGUCUUAUAAAUAUUCGAAAUCGAUUCAAGCCCCCUUUCAAAGUGGGGCUAACAGCACAACUAACAAUCAUCGUGUGUUCUUUGUUGCUCAUUUCCUUAAUUACUAUCACGGUCACAACGGGCCUUUAUUUUACAAAGAACUUUAAAUCUGUGCGUGCAGAAAGACUAGAGGUCGCGGCUCAAUUAAAAUCGUCCCAGAUUGAUCAAAACUUGAACUACUUGUAUUACCAGAUAUAUUGGUUAUCAACAAGAGAUACAAUACAAGAUGCUUUAGUUAAUUUUAGAGCCGGAAAUUCAUCACAGGAUAAUUGGGCAUCCGCGGAGGAUAGUUUAGAAAAAUUCCUUGGUUCUUCUGAUUUAUUCAGUGUAGCCAGAGUGUAUGAUACAUCGUUUAACAAUGUGCUUAAUACAACAAAUAAUGGAUCAGGUGAGAAUAUUCCGGAAAGUGUACUAACACAACUAUUUCCACUCUCUGGUAAUGCACCUCUAUCAUCCUCCUUGCUAACCACUGGUAUUGUUACAGAUCCGGUCCUAAAUUCAACAACAUACUUGCUCUCUAUGUCACUACCAAUCUCUACAAAUCCCUCUAUUAUUCUGAAUAGUAACGAAGUUGCUGGGUAUAUUACUGUUGUUGCUUCAGCGGAUAGUUUAAAAGCAGUAGUUAAUGACACUGUCGCUUUGGAUAAAUCUUAUGUUCUCAUUCUUUCUGCUGUAUUUGACAACUCAAGUUCACUAGUGGGAUACCAUUAUGUCUUCCCUCCUUUAUCAGAGUCAGAUAAUAGUGUCGAUGUCGUAUAUCCGAUAAAAAAUGACACUUUCAUAUCUAGCGCAUUUAAUGAGGGAAAAUCAGGCUCUGUUAUGGCCACUAAUAUGGUCCAACAAUCUCACAUAGCAGUCGGAUACUCACCAACAUCUUUUAAACUUGUUAGUUGGGUAGCUGUUAUUACGCAGCCGGAGAAUAUAUUUUUGGCUCCUGUCAUACAGUUCAUUAAGAUUUUUGCAAGUUGCAUAUGUGGUAUCGCUGUUUUUAUGUGGUUACUAACAUAUUUUAUUGCCCGCUGGGCAGUCCAACCGAUAAUUAGACUUCAAAAAGCUACAGAAGUCAUUACCGCGGGCAGAGGCUUGAAACAUUAUAGUAAUUCAGGCAAUUCUGAAUCGAACACUAUUAUGUCCCAUUCCAGGACCAGGAGCUCAUCAAACCAACUCCAUGCGAUGAAGCUUUUCAAUAAAUCCGUUUCCAAGGAUGUUUCUGGUGCUGAUAUCAAUCCAAAAUACCAUAUGUAUAACCAAAAUGCUGGCGGGUCGACUGGAAGCUUUUCUGCAAGGAAUUCGCAAUCCAUUAAUAGGUCUGAUGUCGACCUCAACACUUCUACAACAAAUGGAUCUGUGCGCAUGUCAAAUGACUCUUCUUCUUAUAUCUCUGAUAGGUGUAUGAAAUCCACAAAUUUGGAAGGUGCGUAUGUUCCUGUUUACCGAAGAUUUUUCCAAGAUGAGCUUUCGGAAUUGACUGACACGUUUAACACUAUGACUGAUGAACUAGACAGGCACUACGCAUUGCUAGAAGAAAGAGUACGCGCAAGGACAAAACAAUUAGAAGCUGCUAAAAUUCAAGCUGAAUUUGCAAAUGAAGCAAAAACUGUAUUUAUUGCUAAUAUCUCACAUGAAUUAAGAACACCACUAAAUGGGAUUUUAGGUAUGACAGCCAUUGCUAUGGCUGAAACCGAUAUGCAGAAAGUACAGAACAGUCUAAAGCUAAUAUUCAGAUCAGGAGAAUUAUUAUUACACAUUUUGACUGAACUUUUGACAUUUUCCAAAAACGUGCUAAAGCGUACCAAACUCGAAGAGCGGGACUUUUCUGUUAUGGAUAUUGCGCUGCAAGUAAAAUCAAUAUUUGGGAAAUUGGCUAAAGACCAACAUGUAAGACUCUCCAUAUCCUUGACUCCAAAUUUCAUACGUUCAUUGGUUUUAUGGGGCGAUUCUAAUAGGAUAAUCCAAAUUGUAACGAACCUAGUUUCAAAUGCAUUGAAAUUUACGCCGGUAGAUGGGAAGGUAGAUGUUAGAAUAAAACUGCUUGGCGAAUACGACAAGGAGAAAAGUGAAAGCGUAGACUUCAAAGAAGUGUUCAUAUUGCCAGGUACAGAAGUAAACGACGAUUUAGAGCAAAAAUAUACCCAUGUCAACACAGCGGAUUCACCCUCUCCCGAAUCAAGCAGCACAUCCAAUAGUAGCUCUACAGAUGAAAAGUGCUGUCCUGACGUAUCCACAUCUGCAUCUGAUUUGACAGAAUCUUCUCAAGAUGAUAGCAAUGACUUUGAUGAAGAAGAAGAAGGUGACGGCAAUGAAGAAAAAGACGAAGGCACAGAAGACGAAGAUAUCGAAGAUGAAAGCAAAGACGAUCACGACGAUAGAUACGUUGAGAGUACAGAAGAGGAACAAAAAUCUUAUAGUGAAUCUUCUCAGGAAAUUGAGGAAGACGAAGAGUCAAAAAAUGAUAAGAGUGAAAGAUUGUCUCUGAUUACAACCAACAGUUCUAGUUCUUAUGAUGAUGCUAUAUUCCACUCUCAAUUUAAAAAGGUUCUUUCUUCCGCGGUAUCUGAUGAAGAGGAUAGGCCAUUCAAGGAGAUUACAAACCCCAAAACUUGGGUUAUUAGCAUAGAAGUUGAAGAUUCGGGUUCAGGUAUUGAUCCAUCCUUGCAUGAAUCAGUUUUUGAGCCGUUUGUUCAAGGUGACCAAACACUCUCCAGACAAUACGGAGGUACCGGUCUAGGGCUUUCAAUUUGUAGACAAUUAGCCAGAAUGAUGAAAGGGACUAUGAAAUUAGAUUCAACUGUUGGAGUUGGUAGUAAAUUCACAUUUACGGUACCUUUAUUACAAACUAAGGAGUUAGUUUUGGAUGAUAACGAGUUUCAUUUUGAAGAUGAGUUUAACCCCACUAGCAAGAAAAACAGAAAAGUCAGAUUUAAAACAAAUUCUUCUAAGAGAUCUGUGCAGACAAGUAAGUCCAAAUCUAGCUUUGAUGCGUUCAACAGUAAUAUACCUAGCGAAAAUAAGAGUGGUAAUUCAGCAGAGAAUAGUGUUGGUAGUGUCCGUGUCGACAGACCGUUUUUACAGAGUACUGGUACGGCAACAAGUACUAGAAGUAUACCAUCAAUCUCAAGCAAUGUUGCUCAGCCUAGAGUAUUAGUUGCCGAGGAUAAUAAUGUGAAUCAAGAAGUGAUUAAAAGAAUGCUUGAACUCGAAGGCAUUCUUGAUAUAGAUAUGGCAUGUGACGGCCAAGAAGCCUAUGACAAAGUCAAAGAGAUGAAAGAAAAUGGUGAAUCUUACACUAUCAUUUUCAUGGAUGUUCAAAUGCCUAAGGUAGAUGGCUUAUUAGCUACAAAAAUGAUCCGGAAUGAUCUAUUAUACCAAGGCUCUAUAGUGGCAUUAACCGCUUACGCAGAUGAUAGCAAUAUCAAGGUGUGUCUGGAAAGUGGCAUGAACGGUUUCCUACCAAAACCCAUCAAAAGAUCUCUCCUUAGAGAAAUUAUUGAGAAAUAUUGUCCUAAGACGGAUAAGCAUGAACUUAAUAGAUAG